UGGACCGUUGUUUCCAACUCGCCUGAGCCUUGUCGUCGAAAUCGAGUCGUUCCUGUCCACUGGCAAGAUUAUCACUCGGCAAGGCACUCACUGCUGCCAGUGGUGCCGUUGUCGAUUGGGCAAACGUGUACUUAACUGCCCGCGGAGGCCGGUCACGGUCCACCGAUCCCAGUGAAUUUGCUUGCAGAUAAAGUGGACGCUAAAUGGGCCCGUGUGGGCUGGGAAUUGCCGUUUUUAGGUCAGCCUUCCGGCACCCGUCCUGACGCAUAUGGCGACCUUUCGGCGCUGUUUGCCCGCAUCAUCGGGUUCCAGAUCAAGUACUACGCUGUCACGGAUGCAUCUGCAGUGCCCGACCCCCUCAGCCAACCUGGCAACGAUCUCGCCCUCUCGGCCUCCUCCCCUCCUUCACUUGCGCCGACCACAACUUCCUUCUCCACCUCGAUGUCAUCCUCCCGGUCCGUCUUGCCCUCAGCGCUCAAGACCAACGGCGACCAGGUAUCUCGUCGUCAGAACCAACUGCCCAGCAACGAAAAUCCGGCAAUCAUCAACGUUUCUGUGGUUCCAAGAGACCAACUAAUCGCAGCCGGGCCAGCUGCUCUCUCAAGUGGGCUCAUCGAGACGUCGGCAGGCAGAAGAAAGUAUGUUGUCACUCUGGACGAUGGCAGUGGCGGUGCAAUCAGUCGACGAAUGCAUGUACUUCUGCAAGGCCUACAGCCAACCACACGUUAUGAGUUUGCUGUACGUUCACUGGAGCAGUCAGAGGGAGAUGAGGGGGAAGAGGAGGGAGAGGGAGAGGAGAAGGGAUAUGCAGGCAAAACCGAGGGCACUUCGGGCUGGCGGCUCUGGAGUUCCGGAGGCCCUGGGAGUCGGCGUCUUGGCUACGAUGGACAAGCAGGCGAUGGGACUGGCGGAAAGAACAUCUACAGCGCAUGGAGCAUGUUACAGGGCUUCGAGACUAUCGGACAAAGUGAGCUUAUGUCUGAUUUUAUGAAUACUUUAGCCCGCUAG